UGUUAAUGUACAAUGGGGAUUUAUAUUCCUUAGCUUCUGACCUUUCAAAGGAGACCAGAAUUAUGCAUUUAGGCCAAAUGAUUGAAGAGUUAUUCCUGAUUCAUUUUGGGUUUGUUAUUUUAAGUGUGUUUCCUGGAAAAGGGUGUUUGUUUUAAACAGGUGAAUGUUAGUUUUUCUAGACCGGUUGUUAUUGAUCACCUGAUUCUGAGGAAUUGGUGAAUAAUGCUAAUGUUAAAAAAACACAUGAAGUCAUACGAUUUGCAGUCAUGCUUGUCUGACGAGAUAUAAGGCCAGCACUAAAUGAACGUGUUUAAGAAGCCACAGUUUCCCUUCAGGUUUCUCUAACGGCAGAUUCUGUCAUUUUAGCUCUUCAAAGGAGGGAAAGAAGACGUAAUAGUCUUAAUAACUGAGAUGGAUCUGCAAGAGCCAAAAUGGAAAUUCUUUGCUGUCAGUGUGCUGCUGCUCACACUGUACCCCAGUGACACUUCUGCAAACAACCUGAAGCAACAACUAGCUGAUUGUCUGAAAGAUAAUGACUACGAUGUGCUGCUGCAGACUGUGCAGACGGGCCUUCCAAAAACUAAAACACCUCAUCAUGUUGUUAUUGUUGGAGCUGGAAUGGCUGGACUGACAGCUGCCAAGUUACUGCAAGACGCCGGACACACGGUAACGAUAUUGGAGGCUAGCGGCCGUGUUGGAGGACGGGUGGAGACCUACAGGAAUGAAGAAGAGGGCUGGUAUGCUGAACUGGGAGCCAUGAGGAUCCCAAGUUUUCACAAGAUCGUCCUCACGGUUGCUAAAGAUCUGGGGGUCAAUCUUACUGACUUCAUCAUGGAUAACGAUAACACCUUUUAUCUGGUUAACGGGUUGCUGGAGAAAACAUCCACAGUGAAAAAAACCCCUGAUAUCCUGAAAUACAAUGUGAGCCCAAGUGAGAAAGGGAAGUCAGCUGAAGAGCUGCUACAGCAAACAUUGCAGGAGGUGAAAGACUAUGUGGUAACUAAAGGCUGCGAGGAAUACCUGAGAAAAUACGACCAUUAUUCUGUGAAGGAGUAUCUGAAAGAAGUAGGAAAUCUGAGUUCAGAGGCUGUGAGGAUGAUUGGAGACCUGCUUAACGAACACAGCCUUAUGUACACAGCGCUGACUGAGAUGAUCUAUGACCAGUCAGAUGUCAAUGACAACGUGAGGUACUAUGAAGUGACUGGUGGAUCAGACCUUCUCCCUCAAGCUUUUCUCAAAGUCCUUAAUGUCCCCAUCCUCCUCAACUCCCCAGUUAAGAGCAUCAGCCAGUUAGAUAAUGGAGUAAAUGUAUCGUACCAGACCUCAGAUCCUAGCCAACAGCCCUCUUUUACUCACCUUCCAGCUGACAUUGUCCUGAUAACAACCACAGCGAAAGCAGCCCUCUUCAUGGACUUCAAUCCACCUCUAUCCAUCCAAAAGAUGGAUGCCCUAAGGGGGGUCCACUAUGACAGCUCUACUAAAAUCAUCCUCACCUUCAGCGAGAAAUUCUGGGAGAAGAACGGCCUCGGAGGAAAGAGCAUCACUGACGGUCCCUCUCGUUACAUCUACUACCCAAGCCACAGUUUCCCAAACAAUAAGAGCAUCGGCGUCCUCCUGGCUUCCUACACCUGGGCUGAUGACUCCCUCCUCUUCCAAGGUGCGAGCGAUGAAGCCCUGAAAGAGCUGGCUCUGAGAGAUUUGUCAAAGAUCCACGGCGACCAUGUUAAGUCUCUUUGCACAGGGGUGGUGGUAAAGAAGUGGACCUUGGAUCCUUACAGUUUGGGGGCCUUCGCCCUCUUCACGCCCUACCAACAUUUAGAGUACGCUGAGGAGCUCUUCAGAAGUGAAGGCCGGGUGCACUUUGCUGGUGAACACACAGCCUUCCCUCAUGCUUGGAUUGAGGCGUCUAUGAAAUCUGCAAUCAGGGCUGCUAUCAACAUUAACAAUGUGGCGCUCAAAGACUCUAGACGCUAAAUUUCCAAGAGGAGAUGAGCUCUAGGGUCUGAAGAAUUGAUUUAGUAUUAUGGUAUAAAAUAAAAAGAAUACCAAAAGUUGUAAUAUCUCUAGUUAAUGCCACAGAAAUCUAAGUUAAAUACUACUUUAAUUUGUAAACUUCAACUUUUAAGUGUACACAAAGAACAAUUACAUAUUUCUAAACUAGAUUGAAAAAAAAUGAUUCCAGUACUGUACAUUAACAAUACACUUUUUCCCCCUCUGCCCAACCACGAGCUACAGGCUACCGUCUUAUCCAGUGCAGGGUUGUGUUAUGACCUGGCUCAGAGGCCACAACAAAUAGAGGAAACCACGCUUAAGGGAUUACCAGAAAAGCAAAGUUACUUACACAUAACUGUCACUACACUCAAUACAAAGUCACCUGAACAGCACUUGCUCAUCCCUCCUUCAUCCUGCAGCCUCACAUCUCAUCCCUGCAACUGGUACAUGGAAGCAAUUUAAGAGUGAGAUAGAGACACCACAAUGAAGAAAUAUAGAACAAUCACUGGCAUGGGGCUCUGCAAAAAGCAUCUGCAACAAUGUUAUCUCUGCCCUUUACAUGAUGUAUAUCUAAGUUGUUUGACUAUCGCUCAGCUCUGCGGACAUACAGACAUUUUAUUUUCUUCUGUACCGAGGCCAACUUUUCCUUGGCUAACUCUGUAGCAGAGUAAAGUCGUUGCUUGAAACCACUGAAGAAAAUGCCAACGAUGGACAUGAACUGACCCAGAGCACGCACCACUGAUUCUGACGUCAGCGUGCGAAAGGGAUAUGCUGCUGGGUAUCUGGUGCUAUUGCACAUAACAGUUAAAUACAUCGCACCUGACCUUGAACGAGGGAGAAGGCCUACACAAUCAAUAAUCAGGUGCUCGAAUGGCUGACUCACAACAGGAAUCAGAUACAGGGGAGCCACUUUAAUAGUUUGAUUAGGCUAACCAGUUAACUGACAAGUGUGGCACGUUUUGAUGUAGCACACGAUCAUACGUUUUACCAACACGAUCAUACGUUUUACCAACCCCCAUGUGCCCCGACUCAUCAUGAGCAACACGCAGAACCACAUCACAAAAUUUGGAGGGCACGACAAACUAAUAAACAGGAUCUCCAACAAAACCCUCACCAUGUGGCGCCCACUUCGGAACCAGUACGUCAAUUUGUACAAAGUAACCAUGUGCCUGAUAUUUCAUCUCAUCCACCCACAGACUGGAACAGCUCCUUCAGUGUUACAUCGGCUCUUUGCUCACGUGCCAACUCACUAUGGGAGACAGAAAGGGAGUGUAAGACAAAGACAUUACAGACAACGCAGAUGCCUCACCCUCUGAGUUUUCCACCACUACAGAAUCUGCAUUGUCAGUGGCCCGCUUCACACCGUAAGCCGUGAACACUUCAGGAAACUGCUUUUCGUUCUCAUCAGGGCCAUUACUACCAGCGGUACUGGGACCACCACUGGAUGUACUGGACUACUCCAGUAUCCAUUUCCCCAGAAAACGGCAAAGCAGACGCCAGAACAAAUGAAUCAAAUGCUCCCGUGUCCCGUAAUACAGUCACUGGCAUCCACUCAUUAUUUCCAAUCAAAGACACACGUCCUUUUAAAAUAAAAUGCAAGUACAAGCUUAAGUCAGGCUUUCACACCAGAGCUGGUAACUCAACACUCGAUUGGUCUGAAAACACUUUGGAAACUGGCGCCGCUAAAGCCACCGGCUUCACGAGUCACAUCUUGCCUAUUCCAUGACGCCAUACAGUCUCUUUUCCAGUGACCUUUUUUAUGACAGCAAUGACACUCGGAGUCACAGACUCCAUUAUCAACUCUCUGCUCCUGAGGAAAACCUCCACCUGACCGCCUAGAGAAAUACAUCCCUCCAGCAGGCACAGCGUCUCCACUAGCCAAGGCACGCGUGCAUGCAUCCACACCUCUACCUUUAUGGGUCAACUAAUAAUCAUCCGCUUUUUCAUCCCCACGCACGCGCUUCCAUCAGGCUGAACAUACUCAGAGUUGACUGAACUUAUUUUUAUCAGCUUUUCUGAAACGGUAAACUCGGAGUUUGACAGUUUAGAGUUCGUCAACCCAGAGUUCAGGUUUACAAUCAAAGUUUGUUGAACCUGCUUUCUGAAACAGGGCCCAGGAAGUUGACCCUGCAACAAAACACAGACAGAGACACACACACAAACACCCUGGCAGUGGCCACCAGAGCAAGAAAGAACCCAACCAGCCAAUGGAUUUGAAUUCAAAGUGACAGCGGAUUCAUUUUUAUGUAUUUUCUUGCCUUGGUUUCCACCCCAAUAUUUCUGUGUUAUACAUAAUAAUUCAAUGGUUGUGGCAGUGAUCUUUGACUCUACCUAACCUCACAGAAAUAAAACUACAACCAUGACUAAUGCCUGCCACGGACAAAUUAAAGUGUUAUGUUGGUGAGUUAAGUUCUUGUGAAUAGCAAGAAACAGUCUAAUGGUAAACACUUUGGAUUAUACACCAAAAUGGUCUGGAAUAUGGUGUCUUGGGUUGCUGGAUCUUUCUUGAAGGGUUUUGUAUGUUUAUUUACAUGUGCUUUUAUGGGUAGUGUGUGAUUGUUUUACUUUAACAAAUGAAUCUUGUAAUCUCAACUCAACUCUGUAUUGCAGAUUCGGAUCCAGCUAUUUUUAAACCCAUGUUUGAUUGGUGAAAGCAGCAAUGUUAGUUUUUUCCUGAAUAGAUGAUGUAAAAUGAUUAAAAAUCUUUCAUUUAAAUAUU